UUUUUUAAAGAGGUACUUUAUAAAAAAAGGUUGAGAAACUGCUGUAGAAUACUUAUGCAAGUGAAGAAGUGAAAGUCCCAUUUCCUUGUGAUGUUUCAACUAAAAAAAAAAUCUAGAAAAUAUACUGGAGGGGAGCAAUUUGCUUUCCCCCCAUUUUUUGUUCUGUACUGUUCUAAUUUUGGCUCUACAUCUUUUUCUUUUUUGUCCUGCCUUGAAAAUAGUUGCUGAUCCUGCCACCUUGGAACUGAACAGAAUAUUCUUGGACAGCUGUAGGUAAAACACUCUUUUUCCUGCUCAUUUGUCCCUGCUGGCACACAAGGAGUUCUUCCCAUUUGUUGGGUUGUCUGUCAUUGGAGAGGGAGAAAAAGAAAGGGGUGGAGCUCAGGCCUGAAGUGUAACUAGGUACGAAACUGCAGUAUAAACUGACAGCUAAAAGAAAUCAGAUGAAACCAGCUCUUCACAAUGGCUGGCCCAAAGACACUCUUAGUGUUGGAGAACUUCAUAAAUGGUAAAUUUCUUCCUUGUUCCUCCUAUAUUGACUCCUACGAUCCAUCCACUGGAGACGUGUAUUGCAAAGUACCAGACAGUGGCAAAGAAGAGGUAGACGCUGCUGUCACAGCUGCCAGAGAUGCCUUUCCAGGCUGGUCCUCCAAAAGCCCUCAGGAAAGAUCUCAGAUAAUGAACAAAUUAGCAGACCUGAUAGAGAGUGACCUGGAGGCAUUUGCACAUGCAGAAUCAAAAGAUCAAGGAAAAACAGUUACAUUUGCUAGAACAGUGGACAUCCCACGGGCAGCAUACAACUUCCGGUUCUUUGCAUCUUCCAUCCUUCACCAUACCACAGAAUGCACUCAGAUGGACCACAUGGGCUGUAUGCAUUACACCACGAGAACACCAGUGGGAAUUGCUGGUUUAAUAAGUCCUUGGAAUUUGCCACUUUACUUGCUAACCUGGAAAAUAGCCCCAGCCAUUGCCUCUGGAAACACUGUCAUCGCCAAGCCCAGUGAGAUGACAUCUGUCACGGCUUGGAUGAUGUGCAAACUUCUGGGGAAAGCAGGAAUCCCACCGGGGGUGGUGAACAUUGUCUUUGGAACUGGCCCCAAAGCUGGAGAGGCUAUUGUCUCCCAUCCUGAUGUGCCACUGAUUUCCUUCACUGGAAGCACGCUUACGGCCCAGCACAUCAGAGAGAGGAGUGCCCCAUACUGCAAAAAGCUCUCUCUGGAACUGGGAGGCAAGAACCCUGCAAUCAUCUUUGAGGAUGCUGAUCUGGACCAAUGCAUUCCUACCACAGUGAGAUCCAGCUUUGCAAAUCAGGGUGAAAUCUGUCUCUGCACCAGCAGGAUCUUUGUUCAAAGGGGAAUUUAUAAUGAAUUUUUGAAGACGUUUGUAGAAGAAGCCAGGAAGUGGAAGGCUGGAAGCCCCUCAGAUCCCACAGCCUGUAUGGGGGCACUGAUAAGUAAGGAGCAUUUAGAAAAGGUAAAGAAUUAUAUCAAGACCGCUCGAGCUGAAGGGGCUAGAAUUCUCUGUGGAGAAGGAGUGGAUUCUAUGGAUCUUCCAACUGGAAAUCAGAAUGGCUAUUUCAUGCUGCCUACAGUCAUUGCAGAAGUCAAGGAUGAAUCCAGCUGUAUGCAAGAAGAGAUCUUUGGUCCUGUGACGUGCGUGGCACUGUUUGAUACAGAAGAGGAAGUGAUUAAAAGAGCCAAUGGUGUCAAGUAUGGCCUGGCAGCCACAGUAUGGUCAAGCAAUGUGGGGCGUGUUCAUCGUGUUGCUAAGAGACUGCAAGCUGGAUUGGUGUGGACCAACUGCUGGCUAAUUAGGGAUCUGAACUUGCCAUUUGGUGGGAUGAAAGCCUCAGGGAUAGGCAGGGAGGGAGCAAAGGAGUCUUACGAGUUUUUCACAGAGGUCAAAACCAUUACAAUAAAACACUGAAAUUUACCUGAAAUAUUUAAAAUUAAAUAUUUCAAGGCAAAAUAAUUGUCCAACAUUUGUGCUCACAAAUGUCUCUGGGGUAUACCAAGAGAUCAUGACUUGCUGCUUAUAAUUAUUUUUUAUAGAAAUGCAUUAGUUAAGUACCAAUUACAGUUAAAGAUGUUCUGCCUCACAACUAGCAGCAGAGAGAGUAACCCACUGUGUCAGACAGCAAGACUAAUUUGGAUUCUGUAUCAUGCCCAAGCAACAAACCUGAUAACUAGGGUUCAAGGAGAUCAAGGAGUUAGUCCAUUAAAAGUAUUACCUCACACAUCUUGACACACAUAUCUUGGGACCUACAUGACUAUAACCACACUGUGAACAAAUAUCUGAAAAAAGGCAAAUUAGAGACAGAGUGAUAAAUAAUGAAGUGUGUGGUCAACAAAUCAUUUUGAUAAAGACACAAGCAAGUUAUGAUAUAAUAGGAAUGCACAUAUGUACUCUCUAAAUGGGUAACUGCAAUUAAUAAUGUGUUUUGCACUUCAAUUGCAUUAUCACACUAAUACUAAUAAAAUUCCACACUAAAAUUCCCAAGGCAGUUCUGCUCAUCUAUUCAAUUGUGUUAAACUAUAGAGCCAGGAUAUUUCUCUAAGGCACAAAUAAAGCAAACAUAUUUUUAUCAUAACUCUUUUUAAAAAUAUAUAGCUGUAUUGCCAUCCUACUGAAAUGGUUAUUUUGAUGUUAUAACCUUUUAUCAUCUAAAUUGCGCCUAUACUGUUUUUUUCACAUUCCUAAAAGAAAUGUCUGGCCACACAUAGUCACAGAUUUACCUGCUGAUGAAUUCUGGAAAUGACUCCUUUUAGCAGGACUGUUUGAAAUUUUUAACAAUUUUUAAAAAAAACCCUGUUAAAAUUA